UUUCCUGUGAAAGUGUGGGAACAUUGUGGAGUGACAUGGUGUGUCUCACAGUGUUAUGAGGGAGCCAUAAUCUAAAAACAAAAAAGGUUUGGCAGCAUAGGAGCUCCUGGUGUGCCACAGGCAUGUUUCAGCUAGUGCUCACCGAGAGACCUUUACUAAAGCAAAGGGGACAAGUGAGAUGCGGCUGUCUGGGAGAGGCAGUGAGGCAGAUACCCUGGGGUGCUCACACUUGGGUGAAUCUGGUCACAGGAAAUGCAUUUGACCUGCUACUGACCGUGGCUGGCUGCUGUGCUUGCAAUGCAUGUGGUCUGUGUGGGAAAUAAGGCUUUAGAAAGAUGUGGAAGAGGCUCAGGUUUCGGCAUCAUGACUCAUUUCCCAGUGGCUGACCAAAGCAGGGGAGGUGUCAUGAUGAGGGAAGCUGUGAUGAGAAGUACUCCUGCUAUCUUUCUCCCUAUCAAGAAAUGUCAGGGAAUGAAAACAAUCACCAGAAGUCUGAAGUACAAAAAACCUGAAUCACACAUGGAUACCAAAGUGCAUGACUUCUCCCACAGGUCACUCCUGAAAUGAUGGAUUUUUCAUCUAGUUUGCAAUGAAGUAUUUGGUGUGUUUUCAAAAUACAGAGGAUUUUGGACACCCUCUGGUCUCGUGGAGUAUUUGCUGUUCAUGUAGAGAGACAUCUUGGCUGGUGAGGCUGACUCUGGCAGCGUUGUCUCAGGGAAGGAACUGUAAGGCGAGAAUUUUAUCACCCCGAUUAGUUCGAUACAAGCUUUUUGUAUUGGAUGUGGAUAACAUGCCUAUGUUUUAAAAUAAAGUGAAAGUCAGUAAAAAAAUCACAAAAAACAUACAAGAGAUAUUUGUGGGAGAAGAGAUGCUGCCAAAACAUUGUUCUCUGGUUGCUUUCCAGUACUGUUGCCUAGUUUGCACCCCUAAGACAAAAUUCUGGGUGCUGCCCUAGUGGAAGAUGGCACACUACAGGAACCCAAAGGCUUGGUUCCAUUGUUGAAAGCACAGACCAAGCAACAUUUCUGUUGUUUUUCUCUAGGUCUUCAGUGAUCUCCGGUGAUGAGUGGUCUCUUCAGUAUGUUGCUGUUUUCUCCCUUUGCUCAAGGUGCCCUUGCUGAGCACCUCAGGCAGUUUUGGCAUUGUCACACUUGGGUGCCUGCAGAAGGCAGUGUUGUGUUCAACAUGCUUGUGCUGCUUUUGUACUUGAGCAUAAAUAAGAAAUUCUCCCAGUAAUUAAACAGGUUUUGUUGGGCAAGAUGUUCUGUCCUCAGCACUAGGUCUGAGCACUAGGUUCCUUCUACUUUUUGUGUCAAAUCUUAUUGGUUGAUGAGAGCCGUUUCUGAUUUAUGAUUGAAAGGGUGAAAUGAAAACAGGGUCUUGUUGAUGAAGAUGCAAGUGAACAUUUGAACAAUUAAUAAAGGCCAAAAAAACUAGACAAGUAAAACCAGGCACUAAUUCUUUAUCUGAGCAGUGCUAAACAAAAACUACACAAAGUAAAUGUGUAUGUGUUUUACAUUUGUGUGGGGUUUCAUAUCUGAGUCUACUGUCUGGAAACUUCUAAUAUUAUUCUCCUACAAAUUUCUGGACAAUGAGCUGCAGGUAACUGUGGGGUGCUUAUGAUCAAGCAGCUGCUCUAUUAUUGUGCUGCUGUGCUUUGGGAGAGCAGACUGCUACGCCUGGGUUUUCUGUUCCUUCCCAGCCCUCCCACUCUAAAACCAAUGCACAUCAUAUCAGGUGGUUUUCAAAACUGUAAGCUCGUCACUAGAUCCUCUUUUCACUGUCCUACUCAGUUCAACUUUUGAGAACAAUAGAAAAUGUAUUUUUAAAGGCUGAAGAUGCUGCAAUACCAUAAACACAGAUAGAUGUAAUUAUUGACUGGUUUGAGAACUGGAGCCAUUGUAAGGUAACAUAUACUGCUGUGUUUAAGAUGAAAAGUUUUUCUUCAAGUAGAAAUUGUGUUAUGCUCUUGGACUAUUAAAUACACUCUUGAUUCAGAAAUGCACAAAGCACCAUUUGUGCCACUUAAAGUUCACAUGGAAAAGCUGAAUCAUCCAAGCCAUCUGAAUGAUGCACACUAUUUGGUAGUUGUUUUCUUCAGCAGGCAGCUGGUGAUCUCUCUUCCUGUAUUCAGGGCUUGGGUGGGGGAGGAAAAAAGGAAGACAGAAAGGAGUCUCCUGGGUGGGGGAGAACCUAUUGCUUCAUGUGUACAAACUAUAUGGUUUUCCUGAGAUCUCUCUAAAUUUCUGCUUUUCCAUUGAGCUUUGAGACCAUUCAUGGAAGCUGAUGGCAAUAUUCUUGUUCCUUUGCGUCAGAAGGCAAAAAAGAAAAGUCAAGGGUUCUUUAUAAUGAGCCGACGGAGGAUAUCGUGCAAAGAGCUGGGGCAAGCCGAUUGCCAAGGAUGGCUCUACAAAAAGAAGGAAAAAGGAGCUUUCAUUGGCAACAAAUGGAAAAAGUUCUGGUGUGUGCUAAAGGAGUCAUCGCUGUAUUGGUACAGCAGUCAGCUGGCUGAAAAAGCAGAAGGAUUUAUAAGACUUCCAGACUUCAGUGUGGAUCGAGCAAUUGAAUGCAAAAAAAAGCAUGCUAUUAAGAUCAGCCACCCACAGAUCAAGACAUUUUAUUUUGCGGCAGAAAAUGUUCUGGAAAUGAACACGUGGCUAAGUAAGCUGGGAAUGGCUGUAGACCCUCAGGCACCACACAGGAAAAAUGAGGAAGAGUGCUACAGUGAAAGUGAGCAUGAUGAUCCAGAAAUAACAGACACGCCACCUCCACCCUACGCAGUCCAGACCCCACCUCCUCCUUCGGAGGAUCAGCAGAAGUCAUCAUUCACCUCAACUCUGUCAAGUGAAGCAUCUUGUUCUCUCUCCUCUCCUGAAAGCACUUUCAAUUCCCAAGAAUCAUCGUCUUCCUUGACAUCCAAAGUGGUUUAUUCUGAGAGGCAGUCCUGGCUUGACCUGGUGAACAGCUCUGCCACGGAAGAGGGUGAUCAGCCUUUAACGUUCUGCGUGCAGAUCCAUUCUGACGAAGCGCCAGAAGUGGUCUGUGGAGAUGCAGCAGAAAGCCAGGAAGUCCAGCUUUCCGAACCCAAUGGUGGAUCCCAAACCUCUUACUUAAGUGCAGAUACACAUUGUCUGGCUGUGCCAGAUGGAACAGGACAGCGAUCACUAGCCAGAGACCAAGAAAAAUGUGAUGAUGAUGAUGAGAUGGAACGACUUUACAAGUCAUUGGAGCAAGCAAGCCUGUCUCCCAUUGGUGAUCGUCGACUGUCAACUAAGAAGGAGCUUAGGAAAUCAUUUAUCAAGCGCAGCAAAAACCCCUCCAUUAAUGAGAAACUCCACAAAAUUCGAAUGCUGAAUAGUACAUUAAAGUGUAAGGAACAUGACCUGGCCACAAUUAACCAGUUGCUAGAGGAUCCAAAGUUGACAGCAGUGAAGUACAGAGAGUGGAGGAGCACAAACAUCAUGCUGGUCCAAGAUAUAUAUCAGCAGCAGGAGGUCCAGGACAUGUCUGCAGAGAAUAGUGAAGAGCAAGAGAUGACUCCACAGCCAGUCACUGAAAGUGUGAUUUGAUCAAUGGCACAUGGCAAGACUUUUCUCCACAGGUCUUCACGUACAAGCAAUUUAAGCUGCUGUAUCUUGAGGUUUGUUUUUCACAAGAGUGCUUCAAAAGGAAAGCAACCCAUUCUCCAAAGUUUUAAAUGCUCUUGCAGAACUCAUUUAAUGUCAAAUGGGCAAUUUCUCCAAACUUGCCCAAAUUGCCCAAAAAAGCACGCCUGAAUGUGGCUUGCAUACAUAAGAAGACUAAUAAAGCAUCAAAGAAACGUUUUUCAGUUUUUGGAGAAGAAAAUUAUAAGUGUCCAGCUUCUGGAGGAUACAGAACUGGAGGAUACAUAUGUAAUAUGUACUGUAUAAGUAUGAAAUCCUUGGGAUUGUUUUAACCAUACAGCUUACCUUGAAAUGAAGCUACACUGAUCCAAACAGGAUGUAGUCUACUUUACCUUUUUACUCUCUAAGGUAACCUGAUGUAUAUAUUUUCAUCUCCAUACCCAUUUACUUUUACCACUCAACCAGCUUAAACAGAGACAAAAGGAAGAGAUUAUGUAUGAGUUGUUACUGUAGACAGCUGCCAGACACCCAGUUUGGGCUCUGUCUGAUGUUUUAUGAGUUUCAAAUUUAUUUAUGGUCCAGACCAAGAAGGUACUGUCUUUCUACAUGAAGAAGCGGUCUUCAAGUUUUUGCUAACAAGUUAUUUACUCUUCAGGGAGACAAGAUUCAACUUUUCCUAUGGACUUGGAAGAUUAUGGUCUUCUUUCUUAUUUUUGACAAUUGGAAGUAUAUAAGGUACAAGUUCAUCUCAGACUUAAGGAAAGUGAUCAUAUUCUCAAGCCAGAAGCUAAAUGACUAAACUCCUAAUGUGGACCUGGAAGUAUAAAAAAAGCUGCAAAUAUUUUUGUAAAUAUAUGUAAUUUUAUGACUUAUAUGAAUGUGAUUAUGUACUGUAUAGACAUUUUAUUUAUAUAUUUAUAUAUGCUAAAUUUCCUAAUGUAAAUAGGCACAUGUGGACCAAGCCCACCCUGCUGCAAGUGCUUACAGAUUGACUUGAA